AUGGAUAAGAAGAAAUCUGUUGGAAAAAUGAAACGACGUCGUGAUGAUCUAUAUUGUGUUGUAUGUGAAGGAUCAGCAUCUUGUCAUAAUUUUGGUCAAAUAUCAUGUCAUUCUUGUAAAGAAUUUUUUCGUCGAAAUGCUCGAACAUCAUUAGAAAAACUCAAAUGUGUAAACGGAGAAACUAAUUGUCAAAUUCGAUUUGAUAUGAAAUCUAAGUGUCAACGUUGUCGAUUAAUAAAAUGUUUUCAAUCAGGUAUGCGCAAAGAUCAUCUGUCGACUCCUGAAGAAAAACUUUCCAAACAAAAACGUAUUGAAGAAAAUCGUUCUAUUCGUUUAACGAAAGUCAAUCAUGAAAAUACUUCCUCAAUUCUAACGGAUAUCGAUCAAUUUUGUUUACUACAAAUUUCAAAUGCUUAUCAAACUUCGAUUGAAUCAAUUCCAUCAGCGUCAUCAGUCAUUUCAUUUGAUUUAUUAGCAAAUAAAGCAUUAUCAUUUACAACUGUAACGGAAAUCGAUAAAAUUUCGGCAAUGAAAUUGAUUAAUUUUAUUCGAUUGAUUCCAGAAUUUGAAUCGUUAAAUGAGGAAGAUCGUAUAACAUUAGUCAAAUCAAAUUUGGUUACAUUACUUAUUGUACGCGAUCUUCUAUUAUUUGAUCGUCAACAUCAAAUUGUCUAUGAUGAUAAUAUUCAUAUGACAAAACAAUCAGAGAGAGAAAAAUUUGCUCAAUGUGUGAAAAGUUUAUGUAUUUUAUUUUAUGGUUAUGAAGAAAUGCAAAUUUAUUUCUCAUGUCUCUCUAAUAUUAUCGAUAUUUUUGACAAGGAUCCAUUGAUUAUUCAAUUAUUAUUAAUUAUCUUAUUAUUUGAAAGAGGUCUUUCAAUUAAUAAUGAACAGAUUUCCAUAUUAUUCGAUGGAAAAAGAAUAUUUGAUGUUUAUUCACAGUAUGUCGAAUUACUUUUUCGUUAUUUAAUUCAUCGAUCGUCAUUUACUAAAGCAAUUUGUAAAAUGUUACAUAUUGUUGAAUCUAUAUUUCAAAUUCAUAAUCAUGCACAACGCUAUCAACAAUUGUUUCAAUCAAAAAAUGAUUAUUAUUUUAUCGAUCCAUUAUUAAAAUCACUUUUUCAAAUCAAAUAG